CAAACACUGACACACACACACACACACACACACACACACACACACACACACAAGGAAUAACAGGCACUGUGCCACAUUAGCACUUGUGCUGCUCUAAGUCUGUCAAACACACUAAAGUUGUCUGUGUGAGCUGAGAUAAGCCCUAUGGGACAUUGUGAUUAGCAGGUUGGCCGGAUCUCAUUCACGUUUUGGAUUAGCACUUUUCUGCAGAGACAUCCCUGCCUUGGCUCUCUGCAAGGGUCUCUUUUAUUGAUACAAGAUUACCCAGUGAGAGAGUGAGGAUGAUGAUGGUGAGCGAUGACUGUCUUGUGGAGUGUAAGAUCGACGAUGACAGCGAAGAAGAAAAUGGAGAAGAGGAACAAUUAAAAAUUCCUCCACCUCCUCCAGAGUUUGCGUCUAAAGCCUCGACUCCAGUGCCAAAACCACCAACCCCUCCCACAGCCCCUGCCACGCCCACGCCAACACCUACACCAACACCUACACCUUCAUCCACUCAGCCUGUCAACAGAGACCCUUACGGCAUCAAUAAGCACCUAAAGGUGGAUGUCAGUGACGUGCUGGUGGAGCCCACCACACCUCAUAGCAUAGACCAGGUGUGGUUUUAUAGUGUCUCAGGCUUUGAGAAGACUCGUAUCUGGACAUACCGCUGCCUCUCCUUGCUGUUUGCUGUGCCCUUGGCGCUCCUCUGUGGUGUAUUCCUGGCCAUUCUUGCCAGUCUACAUGUCUGGUUUUUAGUGCCUUGCAUACAGCUGAGCAACACCUUCGUCCCAUGCCUGCGGUCAUUGUGUCUGUGUUCUGUGAAUGUUUUCAUCUCUCCCUUCUGCACAUCUCUAGCUCUCUGCUGCAGCCAAAUCAACGUUUUACUGUCCAAAAAGGACUGGCAUCCGACAAGAGACAAGGAGGCUGUUUGAAUGUUUGAGAGAGAGAGAGAGAGAGAGAGAGAGAGAGAGAGAGAGAGAGAGAGAGAGAGAGAGAGAGAGAGAGAGAGAGAGAGAAGGAUGUAACCUUUUUUUAUUUUAUUUUGUACUAUUAUUCUGCAGCCUGGUGAUGUUAAUACUGUGUCAUAUGUUUUCUACAUGAUAGCUUAUUAUUAUUUUGUAUUAUUAUUAAAACUAUGCUGAAAUCAGAGGUUAUACUAAAGUGCAAAACCCCGUUAAUAAAAUGUUUUUUUUAAACCUCCUGUAUUCUGUUACC